CUAGGGGAGAAGACUGGAAAGAUGAGGUCUGUCUGGGUGGUUCUCUCGGUGGCCCUGCUGGGUCUGCUCGCUGUCCAGGCUGCAGCCCCUCCAGCCAGCCUGAAAGACAUCGUCAAGAGGAACUCACUGAAGAGGAGAGUGCCCAUGUUGAACCCACAGCUGGAAGGCAGGGUCCCUCCUCCUCCCAGCCAGGGUCCUGUCCAAGGCCCUCUGACACCUACCGACUUUGAAAACCAAAAGUCCGAGACGUCCUCCUUCUCGUUCGGGGACAACGUCAACCUGCAGUGGCUGAAAUGGAACGGCUCGCUCCCCAACGGAGCUGUGGCAGUGUACAACGGCUACGUCGGACGCACCGACUACGUUUGCAAAUUUAACUGUGAGUCUGGGUUUUACACCCCCAGCAAAGGCCCCUACUGCCUGUACCCCUACGGCAAUAGUGAGUACAAUGCCCCUGAGUUUGAACUGCUGGUCAACGAAGACAACUUUGAGUUCCUGGAGUGGAAGGAGGACUCUUACGGCUCUGUGCCCAAAUAUUCUGUCAGGACCUGCCCCGGGGUGAGCAUCUACGUGGGCAAGAACAAGUACGGCCUGGGUAAGGUGGUUCCUCAGUUUGAGGCUUUCUUCCUGCCCUGGGAGGGAGACGAGUACUGGUACAAGAAAUACCAGGUCCUGGCCCUCAACAAAGACGCCUACACCCAGCACAUCUCCCACGUGGUGUACGCCAUCGACGAGGUGGAGAUGUUCCACUACCCGCCUGAGACCAUGCGCAUGUCCGGGGUGACCAACAACGAGUGCCAGACCGUGGUCAAGACGGUGACCAUCUCCAAGACCACGGAGGUGGAGACCACCUGGAACAUCGGCCGCUCCACCAUGCUGGGCAUCUCCGCGAGCAUCACGGCCAAGAUCCCCUUCAUCGGCACCGGAGGCGUGGAGCUCAGUGGGGAGAAGACCCUCCAGUUCUCCAAGGGCACCACCAUCGUGGAGGCCCUGAGCCACUCGGUGUCCGUGGAGCUGAAGGUCCCCCCCAACCACUCCUGCACGGUCCGCAUGGAGGGCCGCAAGAUGACCGCCGACAUCCCCUACACGGCCCGCCUCAGCCGCACCUACAGGAACGGAGAGACCCAGUGGACGUCCAUCUCCGGCAAGUACGACGGCGUGCAGAUCGGAGAGGUCCGAGCGGUCAUCGACCGCUGCCAGCCGGUGGCAGAUGCCAAGCCCUGCCCCUGAGAGACUCGGAUGUUUUAACAACCUGUAAAAUCUGGAUCUGUCAGAUCCCUUUUCAUGUGCUGCAUCCUUAGGCUGAAUCCUAGAAUUCCUCAUGUGUAAUAAAGACAGCAAAGUUUGCA